AUGGAACACCGUAAGCUUCUAGAUGAAAAUGAAGCAAAGCAUAGUGCAGAUAAUAUUUCAUUUAAGAGGCAUUCAACACGGCAUGAUGCUCUCUUAGCAUCCAUGAGCAGCAGAAGCUUUGUUGAAGAAGCGGCCAGGUUUGAAAAGGAUCAAGAGAGAGAUACGGAUAGGGCCCAAACCAAUCAGCACAAUGAAUAUAGAGGAGCAAAAAAUGACCGUAAGGUUCUGAGUUUCGAUCGGAAUUCUGGAGUUGAUGGCAAAGAUCAUGCUGAAGGAUCAUUACAUCAACCGCUUCAACCCACUAACAGCGUGGAAAAAACCUCAAACCCUUGUAAAGAAAGGAAAAGAAGGAGAGCCCUCAGUUGCCAAUCAUGUCGAAAGCUUAAGACAAGGUGUGAUUUUGAACUAGAGCUUGGCAAAUGUCAUAGGUGCGCUAAGCUUCGACUUAGCUGUUCCUUGACCCAAGAAAAUGAAACCGAAAUUAAGGCCAUUCGAAACACAAUGAAGCCAGAAACUUUUAACAUGGACUUGAGAUUAGAAAAAAUGCAAAUAGCAAUAGAUGAAUUGAGAACCCAAUUGACCUCAGUGCUCUGGAAGCUAGAAAAUCACGCUGAGAGAUUGAGUCCACCUAUGAGACGACGCGAAGAGUCUUUUAUCGACACUUUGAACUUCACGAAGAACAUAUCUUGGACAGAGGAUUAUCUGGAUCAGUUUAUAGAAGAUUCUCCACUGCAAAUUAUCAAACAAAUAGACCACUCUCUUUUCAAAAGAGUCACGAGGUAUGAUCCUUUACAGUUAGCGUGUGAGGAGUUUCUUAAGUUCUACCUUGAAAACGAGAAACUUUGUCUGGAACUGGUCAAACUCUACUUUGAGGUUGCUCAUUUUUGGAUUAUACCAGGAGGCAUUACUGAGAUCAACAGAGAGUACGUGUUAGAGCACCCAUUCAUCACAUGUGUUUUUGUUGCCUUGGCGAUGUGCUUUGAUGAACGUUAUACUUAUACUUCGCAGCAAAAACAAUUGUACUGGCUUACAUCAAAGCUGCUUGGUGUAGUUGCCAUAACUGAGCCACUUACUGACCAUGAUAUUGAAGGAAUAUUGUACCUUUGUCUUUACAACGUUGCCCGCAAGCCCAAGCAGCCUCAACUAGAUGGAUGGUUGUUAUCUGGAAUCGGAAUCAAACAUUUGAUGAUAUCUUUCAAUUUCAAGGAGAUUGUUACCAGAGUUGAAAAGGAGAAGAAGUUUGAAGCCGACGACUUGUACCAUCUGCGAAUAUGGAAUGCCAUGUGUGCGGUCCAUUUUCAGCAUUCCAUUGGAUCAGGACGCCCAAUAAUGAUCACUAACGAUUUUUACUCGGUACACAAGCUUACUAUCAUGUAUCCGAAGGCUACUAUUGGGGAUGCGAUCAAAGUUAGUGAGCUCCAGCUUUACCUAAUUUUUCAACGACUAUUCGAGUCACCGGGCUGGACCAAGACGUUUACACAUGACGACAAUGCAAUAUUCGUAUUUUAUGAUUUGGACGACUGGAAAACUCGGUGGAUAGCAUUGAUUGAUCGAGAUAUUAGUGGUUUGCUUUCUUUUACUUACGAAUUUCUUUACGUGGUAUUAUCGAGAAGAUACAUCAAGUUGUGCACACCGAAGAAAAGUACCAUAACUCAGGUUUUCAGGGAUUCUCAUAGACUUCCUAACCUAGUAUAUGCAUUCAACACAGUUACGAAAUUUUCGAUGAAAAUUUUAGAAAGACUUUUGAAGCUACCAACUACUUUGAUUCGGGGAUCCCCUUCGUUCCAAUGGUCUCAAAUUAUUUAUGCAAGUUUAUCAUUAUUUGAGUUUUUACCUAUAAUGAAUCAAGAACAGAAAUCUUUUUCCUUGAAUUUGAUUUCUAAAGUAUAUUGGUUUUUGAACGAGAUAGGAGAAGGAUCAAAUGAAGCAACCGACUCUGUGGGUAAAAUUCUCAAGAACAUUGUAGACAAAGCAAGCAAAGUUAGUACACCAUCACAAAAGCAUGCUGACUUUAGGACUGAUGAGUUAGAUGAGAAGGAUUCAGAGAGUUUAUCGCCGACUGUUAAUCUUUAUUCUCAUAAGAUACGGAACGGCUCUUCCGCUGUGGAUUUUCAGGAACAGAUGUUACAAGCGGCAAUUCCUACAGAAAGUGUUUGCAAAGUUCCUAAUCUCGGUUUGUCACCAAGUCACUUUUCUACGAACCCUGAGUUUCCUCACGAGGAAUCAAGUUUUGAAAUGCCCGAUUUGUCGCAGUUUGAUAGUUUUGAUGAAUUUUUUAAUGGAAUCUUUCCAGAAUUUAAAAGAGUCAAGAAUAUUUAA